GAGCUCGAUAUCACCAGCCCGAGAGUCUGAAGAGAGAGAGAGAGAAGAGAGAGAGAGAGAGAGAGAGUGUGUGUGUGAGUUCAAGAAAACGUCUGUGGAAGGGAGUCCAAACCAAACCCUUGCUGUGGCACGUCUCGGGAUCAAUCCGGUGAAACCCCGUCGCUAGAGAUCCAAGUGCAAAGCUUCUGAAGAAGGCGCCUUCAUCAUCGGAGGUCUCCGUCACCCCUUCGGUCCGUGGAUUCGAACAAAAGCAAGCCGUUCCCCUUUGUCGGUUUCCAAUCUGUCUUCCGCCGUGAAUAGCUUUUAUCUCUUGGGAAGCUGCUUCCGUGCUUUAUUUCGGUUACUUUGCAAGUGGUACACCACACCCGGUGCCCCAAGCGAACGCCGGUCUUGCUUCGGCCUUCGGUUGCGGAAGAAAGUGGACGAGUAUUAGUUUAUGCAGACGAAGGCGCAAGAAAAAGGUUCGGAUCUCGAGCACUUUUCCGGUGGGGCUGUGGUCCAAAGGUUUCUAUUUCUGGCAAAAAAAGUUGCAAUUUUGACCCUCGAGUUCUAAUUUUUCAGCAAGGUGCUCGGUUUCUUGCUUGCUUGAUCCCCCUUUUUGUUUCUAGUUGUGGUAAAAAGGAUCGAGUUAUCGGGCGAUUUCUGUGACCUGGAUACUGGUUCUUUCUGAUUUUUGGAAUACCGGAGUGUGAUUCUUUAAACGGAGGGUGUAAUUUGGGGAUGUUGCAACCCAGAAGUUCUUUCUUGGAAUCUGCUUCCGCCAUUCCUUUUUCUUCCUAUGGGUUUGAAAACAAGGACUCGGUCUUUCGAUGGCCCAAACAGAGUUGGUGAUGCCUACCUGUAUCUGGAUUACUAAUAAUUUGAACUGAUGCAUCAAAGAUUUCGUCUCUUUGAUUGGCUCAUAUAGGCUGUUUAAUCCCUACCCUCGAGAAAGAUGGUGCCUUCAGGACCCCCUACUCCGGUUGGGGGAGGCCAGUCGGUCCCGGCCUCGCUUCUCCGGACAAACUCUGCCAUGUCGAGAGGAGCCCAGCCUGGUUCUCUCCCUUCUCAGCAGCCAGCUUCGCCCUUGGUUUCUCCUCGCACCCAAUUCGACAAUAUUGGUAAUGGUAAUGGCAACAACAUGAACUUGUUGGGUAACUACACCAACAUAUCAUCGCUCCUCAACCAAUCAACUGGAAAUGGAGUGCCUGUGUCCGGCGGAGGGCUUUCGGCAGCUUCUCUUGGUCUUCAACAACGUGGUGGUGUCGGAAGUGCAGUUGAGAUGCUAAGCUCUGCUGAACUUGAUCCUCUCUCGUUCACUUCAGCAUCUAGCCUAGCCCAAAGACAGUCUUUGCAGAAUCCAUCUAGGAAUCAGCUUGCAGUGGAUCGUUCACAGAACGAGCAUCGUGAGGGAAUGCACAAGUUUCGGCGACAGUUCUCCUUGCCUCACAUCCAGCAGCAAAUGCUGAGGGGUGGGUUGGGCAAUAUGGGCCCUAUAGCUCCUGUUAAGUUGGAACCGCAGAUGGAUCCGUCUGAUAAAACUGGUCCAUCGCAGAACUUGCAGACCUUGUGUAGCUCCAGUGCCACAAAAUUGGAGCCGCAGCAGCUGCACUCUGUUAGAAGUCUGGGCCCAGCAAAACUGGAACGUCAGCAUUCCGAUACAGCUCUUGGUCUGCAACAGCAGCAGCACCAGUUGCUGCAGAUGUCAAGGCCGCCAUCUCAGGCUGCUGCUGCUGCACAGAUGAGUCUCCUGCAACAACAGAGGAUGUUGCAGCUUCAGCAACAACAACAGCAACAGAUACUUCAAACCCGACCACAACAAAGAAACCAGUUGCAACAGCAGCUUCAACAGGCUUCUAUAAGACCUCAAAUAAAACCCACAUUGUAUGAGCCAGGAACGUGUGCUCGACGUUUGACUCAAUAUAUGUACCACCAGCAGCAUAGACCAGAAGAUAAUAAUAUCAAAUUUUGGAGAAAAUUUGUUGCGGAAUACUUUGCCCCCAAUGCCAGGAAGAGAUGGUGUGUUUCUCUCUAUGGAAGUGGGCGUCAAACUACUGGUGUUUUUCCUCAGGAUGCAUGGCACUGUGAAGUAUGCAACCGUAAACCUGGUCGUGGUUUUGAAACAACUUUUGAAGUUUUGCCACGACUAUAUCAAAUUAAAUAUGCCAGUGGUACUUUGGAGGAACUUCUAUAUGUUGAUAUGCCUCGUGAAUAUCAAAAUGCAUUGGGUCAGAUUGUCCUCGAUUAUGGUAAAGCAAUUCAGGAGAGUGUCUAUGAGCAGUUACGCGUGGUGCGUGAAGGUCAACUGCGGAUUGUUUUCUCUGCUGAAUUGAAGAUAUGUUCGUGGGAGUUCUGUGCCAGGCAGCAUGAGGAGCUUGUUCCUCGAAGGUUGUUAAUACCACAGGUGAGUCAACUUGGAGCCGCCGCGCAGAAAUAUCAGAAUACAGCUCAAAAUUCACCUCCCAGCAUAUCUGCUCAGGACUUGCAAAAUACUUGUAAUUCAUUUGUGGUGUCUGCUCGUCAAUUGGCUAAAACUCUGGAGGUGCCAUUAGUAAAUGAUCUAGGAUAUACAAAAAGAUAUAUCCGUUGCCUUCAGAUAUCGGAGGUGGUUAAUAGUAUGAAAGACCUGAUUGAUUACAGCAGAGAAACCAGGACUGGACCUGUGGAUAGUUUAAACAGCUUCCCACGAAAAGCUUCUUUUGGACUGCACCCUCAACAAACCCAACAACCCAAGGAUCACCAGAUGGUUGCCCAAAACUCAACCCACAAUGAUCAGAGCUCUUCUCAUGUAAAUAGUGUUCAGAUUGCUGGUUGUAAUGGUGCAAUGAAUGUUGAGAAUUCCCUUGGAAAUCUAACCGCGACCUGCACCACAACUUCCAUAUCGGAGCUUCUUCACCAGAACUCUCUAAAUUCAAGGCAAGGAAACCUGGUGAGCACCACAAAUGACCAAAGUGGUGGUGGGAGUGUGGUUCCAAUACCAUCAGCCAGCUCCUCCAAUUCACUGCUCCCUUCCCAACCAAAUGCAUCUUCUCCUUUUCCCUCUCAGAUGCCAUCCGCAUUAAGUGGUAACAAUGCCCCAACCUCUCUUAACCUUGUUCAUUUGAACUCUGUUCCCCCACCUGCAAAUAUGUCAAUGUUGCAACAACCUCCGGUACAGUCUCAUGAAGCCAACCCAACUGGAUCACAGAGUUCUGUGCAGAAAAUCUUACAGGAAAUGAUGUCCUCUCAGCUGAAUGGUGUAGGCAACUUGGAAGAUGAGUUGAAGGGACUUAAUGGUGUUACACCUGCUUUGAACGGAGUUGAUUGUCUGGUCAGAAACGGGAUGGCAAACAACUCGGGUUAUGGAGAAAUGGGUUUCAGUGCCAUGGGUAUGACUGAUCAAUCAACAACUGCUAAUGGAUUAAGAGCGGUUAUGGCAAAUGAUACUAUGACCAUGACUGGUAGGGUUGGGAUGAACCACCUGUCACAGUAUCCACACACCAUGAAUCAUCAGCAGUUGCAGGACAUGGAAAGCAGGCUUUUGAGUGGGUCUGGACAUGUUAAUGGUUUUGACAAUCUUCAGUUUGAUUGGAAAUCCUCACCUUAAAGAGUGAAACAGACUUAUUUUGCAACAAUAGUACAUGGGCAAUAGCUGAAGGACUUUUACCACCACCUCAUUUACAUGUGUUCCAGUCCAUUGCAGCCCAUGUAAUUCUCACUUUCUGUAUUAAUCUUAUGUCUAGUUUAGCUUGAUUUGCAUCUGAGGCAUCCCACAUUUAUAAUGAAUUAGUGACAACUUUUUCAUCAAGGGACAUCAUGGUAAGCAUCAUAUUUACAAAAGGAGAGCAAGCAAGCAGAUUAGAGUAGCUUCCUUGUGCUAGCUUGCAUGCUAUGCAUACAGCAGAAAGGUAUUUUCAAAGUAUCAGCUUAAAUCAGUGGAGGUUUACGCGAAAGAGAAAAAAAUUGUAAGCCGACACCACACCCUCUCUUUUUGGGGAUUUAUAUUAUCUUUUUGGUUGUUUCAGUCAAAUAUCACAAGACUACAAAAUUUGAUCGCAAAGUCGAUACUUCUGUGAAUGAGAUAAAAUGUUUAUGUUCUUUCUGCCACACAAUUUUCUUUGUUUUGCAUGUUUUUAAAAGUUACAGUCGAAUAAAUCAUAAAUAAUAGGAACACUGGAUGACAAUCUGGACAUUAAAGCUGAAUGAAUCUGUAAUGACAUUACUUUGUGAUCUAAUUCCUAAGUAGCGUACUGCACAUGCUGUAUGGUCUAUUCAAUAAUUGCAUGCCCAUCUGAAGCUUAUUCUUUACAGCAGUCUUCUAACAUUGCACAUAAAGCCUCUGAUUAUUCUGUAUUAACUGUGUUUGUUUGCCCUUGUAACUGCAAUUGUUAGUUAUGUAAUAUAUGAACUUUAGAUUUUGUUCUUUUCACCUCUUGAGAGUCUCUCAGAGGUAAGCUUAUAAUAUAUAUCUCUCUAUCGUCUUGUUUAUCUUUCUUGCAUAUAUACUCUCCAUUGCUUGUUUAGACAAGGUAUUCAGGGCUGUAGUUAUUGACACAUCCCUCUUCUUGCAAGUAAGCUCUGAUGGUUUAUUUUGGCACCAAAUACACAUCAAGCCUCUGUGGUGGAGGAAACAGAUUUUGACAGUUAAUUCUCUUGAGGUUGCAGUUUGCUCAGUUCCUCCUUGCAGUUGGAUCCUCUUAUUUAGAACCACGAUCUCAUCUUGGAAUGGAUUGUUGGUUGAUCAGAAUAUAAUAUUAGAAUGUCAUGUGGAUCAGUUGGUAUAACAGUUCUGAUACUUGGGAUAUCUGGACUGGAAUUCACAAAGAAGAGCAAAUUUUGCAGGAAUAAGCAUGGCAGAUAACAAUUGUUCAUGAACCGACUAUAGUGCAGUGAUGUCAGGUAUGCAAGGAAAUUUGUUUUUUUUGGUAUAUUAGAAGAUAUAUAUAUGUACUGUUCGAAUUACUUUUAAGGUUACAUGUCCAUAAAUGCCUCUCUUCUUGUAAUCUUGAAAGUUCUUUUGUGCAUUUAAAGUUUGCUAUGGAUCUUACA